AGGCUUAUGUCUAUUUUUCUUUACCUCACUCUCAAAUUUCAUUGUUUAGCCCACCUCGUUUAUUCUGUGUAUAAGUGGGAUAUUAAUUAAAUGCAGGGCUAUUAAUCGUUUAGAGAGAAAAAAAUAUGUUGAGUUAGUCAUUUUAAUCGUUUUUAUUACACAGAGCAAAAUAUUAGCUUGACUAUGUUUGAUAGGUUUACCAAGGUAACCUAGUGUCAUAGUCUUACUGUCUUGCUCAAUAUCCACGGUAUCAUUACUUCCUUCACUGAAGGCAGCGCAGACAGGGCGUCGCCUGUCUAUAAAUUCUCAGGCGUGAUAUUUCUCAACUCUGCACAAUUCAACCUCUUCUCAAUCGCCAACUCAACACUCGUGAACGACCUGCAGCCAUGCCGUCAGAUCUGGAACGUGCCAUGGAGUCCAUGAUCACCGUGUUCCACAAGUACGCUGCUAAGGAGGGCAGUGGCAACACUUUGAGCCGCCGUGAGCUCAAGGACCUGAUGGAGAACGAGCUCUCUGGCUUCCUCAAGUCUCAGAAGGACCCAGCCACAGUAGACAAGAUAAUGAAGGAUCUGGACUCUAAUGGUGAUGGAGAGGUGAACUUUGAGGAGUUUGUUUCUCUAGUUGUGGGCCUGUCCAUCGCCUGUGAACAGUGCUACCAGAUGCACAAGAAGAAGAUGGGGAAGUGAGGGAUGAAAAGAGGAGAGAAGGAAUGGGGUGCUGAGUAGAGAAGGGUUCUAAUUUUCACGUUUGUAAUUGUCACACUGUCCAUUAAACACAAAGACCAAG